GUGACCGCCGGGUUCGGGGCGCAGAGGCUGGUGAGGCACCGGCGGCCACGCCGCGGAGGCCGCGGAGCGAGGGGAGCCGAACGUCUGGGCCCGCGCGCAUGGAGGUGGCUCCGGCAGCAGCCUGAGGCCCUCGGGGCCAGCGAGACCUCACGCAUCCCUCGAGCCUGCCCGCGCCACCCGGCGGCGCAGGCGCGGCCAUGGCGACGGGCACCCAGCAGAAGGAGAACACGCUGCUUCACCUCUUCGCCGGCGGGUGUGGGGGCACAGUGGGUGCUAUUUUCACUUGUCCACUAGAAGUCAUUAAGACGAGGUUGCAGUCUUCGAGAUUAGCUCUCCGUACAGUCUACUAUCCUCAGGUUCAUCUGGGGACCAUCAGUGGAGCUGGAAUGGUGAGACCAACGUCCAUGACACCUGGACUCUUACAGGUUCUGAAGUCAAUCUUGGAGAAGGAGGGACCAAAGUCGCUUUUUAGAGGCUUGGGUCCAAAUUUGGUUGGAGUUGCACCAUCAAGGGCUGUGUACUUUGCAUGUUACUCCAAAGCCAAAGAGCAAUUUAAUGGCAUUUUCGUGCCUAACAGCAAUAUUGUGCAUAUUUUCUCGGCUGGCUCUGCAGCUUUUAUCACAAAUUCCUUAAUGAAUCCUAUAUGGAUGGUUAAAACCCGGAUGCAACUAGAACGGAAAGUGAGGGGCUCCAAGCAGAUGAAUACACUCCAGUGUGCUCGUUAUGUGUACCAGACAGAAGGCAUUCGCGGCUUCUAUAGAGGAUUAACUGCCUCCUAUGCUGGGAUUUCAGAAACUAUCAUCUGUUUUGCUAUUUAUGAAAGUUUAAAGAAGUAUCUGAAAGGAGCUCCAUUAGCCUCUUCUGCAAACGGGACUGAGAAAAAUUCUACAAAUUUUCUUGGACUUAUGGCAGCUGCUGCUGUUUCUAAGGGAUGUGCCUCCUGUAUUGCUUAUCCACAUGAAGUCAUAAGGACUCGGCUCCGGGAGGAGGGCACCAAAUAUAAGUCUUUCAUCCAGACGGCACGCCUGGUGUUCCGGGAGGAAGGCUACCUCGCCUUUUACAGAGGACUCUUUGCACAGCUCAUCCGGCAGAUCCCAAAUACUGCCAUUGUGUUAUCCACCUAUGAGUUAAUUGUGUACCUCUUAGAAGACCAUACUCAGUAACAGGCCAGAAAAUUGUGCUCUAGAAGAAUAAAACUGAAAAACUCUAUAGAGAA